ACAAUAUGGAAGCUCUAGGCCCAAAUCCACCACCGCACGUGAAAGGGUCCAUGAGGUAAGUACUUUAGCUCAAUUGGAGGGAAAAAUUAACAAACUUACUUCUCUAGUGUCUCAGGGAGCGCAUGGACAAGUCUUGGCAUGUGGAGUGUGCUCAAUGAAAGGGCAUGUGUCUGACCAAUGCCCUCAACUCAUGGAGGAAGGAGGACUUGAAGGUGCCAACGCCAUAGGAUUUCAACAAGGAGGUCAACCUCCAAGAAACGAUCCAUUUUCAAACACUUACAAUCCUGGAUGGAGGGAGCACCCUAACUUUCGUUGGAGGAACAAUGAAAACGUGCAAAAUGGUCAAACUCAUCAUGGGAACCAAAUCAAUGCCAUAUCCACAGAUGUAGCUGAAUUGAAGAAGCAAAUGAGUCAAGUAGUGAAGUUUAUGGGUAAGUUUCAUGAGCAAGGGAAGCUUCCUAGCAACACAAUUCCAAACCAUAAGGGAGGCUUUGGUGGCGCCACCAACUAAGGAAGUGAAUGAGCCAAGUCUAGGCUGAAAGACUUUAAACAUUAAGCGCUGCA